AUGUCAUUGAGCAACAUCUGGACCGCCGCUUCCGAAGGCAACCUUGAUCGAGUCAAGCAUCUCAUCGAGAACGAAGGUGCGCACUCUUUCCCGCCUCUGACCCUGUGCCCUCCCAAUCCGCUCACGAACCCCCCACACUCUUGCGCCACGCACUCGUAUCAUCCAGGUUUGUCCCCCAACGCCUUUGACGACAACUCGUACUCUCCCCUCCACGCCUCAGCCUCGUGGUCCCACCCCGAGAUCCUGCGCUACCUCGUCCAAAAAGGUGGCGACAUCAACCUCGCCGACGAGGAUGGCGAAACGUGCCUCUUCGUCGUCGAGAACGUCGAGAUGGCGAGAAUCAUCGUACAAGAGCUGGGGGGCGAUUUGAAUAAGAGGAACAAUGAGGGGUUGACCGUGCGUGGUCAACACAUCCAGCACACUUUUUUUGCAGAGUAUGCCGACUGACCUGGAGGAAUCUUCUUUUCCUUUUUCACAGGCCACCGAACACCUGCAAGAGGACUACCCCCACAUCUCACUCUACCUCCGAUCCCUCAUCGACCCUUCGAUCGCAUACCCACCCACGAAUGCAACAACAACCACACCAACAAAUCCAGACGGCGAGGACGUGCCCAUGUCUACUAGCACCGAAGGGGGAGAACCCGAUUUGGAUGCGCCGACGGACGCUCUGCUCCUUCGCGUAAGAGACAUCAUGCAAGCUUCCGAACGAGGCGAAUUGAGUUCUCAAGAAACCGACGAUAAAUUACGGGGAGUGGUCGAAGAAGCUGUGGCGGGGCAGGUCCAGGUUGGGAGGGUGUUGGGGCAAAGUGGGGUAGGCGCGACGCAAGAUUUGACGGGGUCGGUGAGGUCUAGGUUGCAGGUUGAUGCGAAUGGGGAAGAGAUGGAGCCCGAGGUAAAGAGGACAAGAGCUGAACCUGAGGGGAGAUAG